AGGUUUGAAGUGAAGAAAAGAUGAAAGAAAUGGCAUCUCAAUGUGGCAUUCUCUUGUGUUGCCUAGUAAUGUUUGCUGGCUUAGUGGGCAGCACCAAUGGCGCCCCGCCAGCGCAACUCAAAAUCUCAUUUAACCGCACUUCUUUCCCUUCUGGUUUCAUUUUUGGAACUGGUUCAGCUGCUUACCAGUCUGAGGGAGCUGCCCAUAUUGAUGGCAAGGGACCAAGUAUUUGGGACAAUUUCACACAUCAACAUCCUGAGAAAAUUGCGGACCAAAGCAAUGGAGACGUAGCUGAUGACUUUUAUCAUCUUUACAAGCAAGACAUUCAUUUGAUGAACAAAAUUGGAUUUGAUUCCUUUAGAUUCUCCAUCUCUUGGUCUAGAGUAUUACCCAAGGGAAAAGUUAGUGGUGGAAUUAAUCCAAAAGGUGUCAAAUUUUACAAUGAUCUCAUCGAUUACCUUAUUGCUAGAGGUUUAAUACCAUUUGUAACAUUGUUUCAUUGGGAUCUUCCACAAGCACUUGAAGAUGAAUAUAAUGGCUUUCGAAGUCCUAAUGUAGUGGAUGAUUUUCGAGAUUAUGUGGACUUCGUGUUUAAAACAUUUGGAGAUCGAGUGAAGCAUUGGUGCACGUUGAAUGAGCCUUAUUCAUAUAGCAUAAAUGGUUAUAACGGAGGUUCAUUUGCACCCGGCCGAUGCUCUAAGUACGUCGGAAACUGUGCCGCCGGUGACUCUUCUACAGAGCCUUAUCUAGUGGCUCAUCACUUGAUUCUUUCACAUGCUGCUGCUGUUAACUUGUACAAGACCAAAUAUCAGGCAACACAAAAGGGAAAGAUUGGGAUCACAAUAGUAACCAAUUGGUUUUUGCCAAUAUCACCAGCAUCAGAGGCUGACCAAAAUGCAACCCUCAGAGAAGUAGAUUUCAUGUUCGGUUGGUUUGCCCAUCCAAUUACAUAUGGUGAUUAUCCAGAGACAAUGAAAAAUCUGGUGGGAAAUCGGUUGCCCAAAUUUACAAAAAAAGAAUCAGAAUUGGUAAAAGGAUCAUUGGAUUAUUUAGGAGUAAAUUAUUACACCACAAAUUUUGUAUCAAAUAAUCCAGUACCUGCCACUGCCAACCAUAGCUGGAACACUGAUAGUCAAACUAUUCUCUCCGUUGCAAAGGCUGGAGUUCUUAUCGGUACCCCGACAGCAUUGAGCUGGCUAUACGUGUACCCGCAGGGAAUUUACCACCUGAUGGUCUAUAUAAAAAAUAAUUACAAGAAUCCACCCAUUUUCAUCACAGAGAAUGGGCUAGCGGAUGCAAAUAAUGCAUCGCUGUCAGUGGAAGAAGCUCGUAAGGAUGCCUUAAGGAUAAGAUACUAUCACUCCCAUUUGACAUAUCUACUCAAAGCAAUCAAGGAGGGAGCCAAUGUGAAGGGAUACUAUGCAUGGUGUUUUCUGGAUGAUUUUGAAUGGGAUGCUGGAUUUACCGUCCGGUUUGGGAUGAUUUAUGUUGAUUUCAAGGACAAACUCAAAAGGUAUAUGAAAUAUUCUGCUUAUUGGUUCCAAAUGUUCCUUCUUCACUAGCACCUGGCCAACAGGAAUUUGAACUGUUCGUUUCUCUGGGUGUAUCUUCCAAUAAUGGCAAUGUAGUUGCCUUUUAUGUUCUAUCCUAAACAUUGUGUGUCUUAUCUAUGUAUGCACUUUGGAUUUCUUUAAUUAAUCUACAUCUAUUGUCUUUGGGUUUCAA